CGUUACCCACCGCGGCGAGUGGAGGUCCGCCUCUGCCGCUGCAGUUCUUACAUCACUGCCUCGGCUGCAGGGAUGUGGUGAACAAAUGAUGAACUACCAAUUGAACAACUAUGACUGAACAAUAGGCUAAACAUUACCUCUCAGUAUGACAAACUGUGACCUCAAUGAAGAAAGAUUGUGAACAUUGUGGUGUUGCUGAACAUUUUGUGAGACAUAUUGAACAAAUAGUGAAGUGUUAUUUGAAUAUUUGUAAUGCCUAAUGAACACUUCCAUCCAAUCUAAAUAUGUGAACAUCUUAGGAUAAUGGUGAACAAGUAAUGAACAUCUCAUUGAACAAAAUUACAUUUGAUUCAAUGGUGAACAAUUAUAUUGAUGAAUGAACAGUGUACGUGAACAAAUAUGACUGAUAGUGAACAGUUUAGUCACUGUCUUGUACUAUUGGUGAACAUUUGAUUGAACAGCUCGAACAAGUGUAGACAAAAACAGUAAAAUAAGAAAUACUUAAGAAAAUUAAUGCAAUCCAUAUAACAAACAUCUAAGUGUUCAAUAUUAUCAAAAACAACAAAGAAACAAACAAUAUUCACCGGUGUCUAUUGAUGGAAACACAAACAAUAAACAAUUGUCUUUACUGAAAUGAGAAUGUAAACAAUGCUAUGACGUAAUACAUGAUGUCAUAAUGUUUACACCGUCAUGGCAGCCAAUCAGAAGCAGCAGUCUACUUGUUGCCAUAUUGCCACCACUGACGAAAUUAAUUCUCGUGGAAAAAUAAUAACAACGGGAAUAAAAGACUGUGUAGGAUAAAUAAUAAGAACAAAAAUGAACAAAGAGAAUUAAGAACAACGGAAGUUAUAACAAAGACGAGAAACGACAUAGAAGAAAAGAAAGAAAAAAAUAAUAUUGCGACCUUUGGCAUCUAUACCUAAUGGCUGCUUCACGCUUCUCGUUUGUCAUUUGUCUCGUCCUGGCCUGUCCUGGCGUGGCGCUGCAUCGUCGUGGAGGAGGCUCGGGGGCGUGGUGGCUGGCUCCCCCACGCCCCUACUUCACCACCACCACGCCCACCAAUUUCACCGUCAUCUCGGGACAAACAGCCUACCUGCCCUGCCGUGUACAUAUGCUGGGAGAGCGAUCCGUGACGUGGAUGAGGGGUCGUGACCUUCACAUCCUCACCGUGGGCGACCUCACCUACUCCGCCGACGACAGGUUCCAGGUGCUACACACUCCUGAGACAGAUGACUGGACGCUACAGGUGUUGUUCACUAAGCCCUGGGACACCGGUACCUACAAGUGUCAAGUCAACUCACAUCCCAAGAUCUUCCGGGAUGUGUACCUCAGUGUCAUGGAUAAACAUCGGCUGGAUCAUCACAUGUACAAGGUGCCUCCGUCAGACCCCGACCAAGGAGAAUACGGCACGAGGAUUUUAGGAACUGAAUCCAGGUAUCUCCAGGCCGGCUCCUCCUUGGUACUGGAGUGUGUGGUGACUUAUACCUCCCACCCACCACCGGCUCUCUUAUGGUACCACUACAAUACCAGGCUGGACUACGACUCUCCCAGGGGUGGUAUCGCUAUUAUGAUAGAGAAGACGACAGAUCAGACCACCUCCCGGCUCCUGCUAUCAACAGUAAGAACGACUGACUCCGGGAACUACACCUGUACUCCCAUCAACGCUCCACCUGCUUCUGUGUCCGUCCACGUCACUACGGACGAGCGACAGGCGGCAGUACAGUUGGGUGGGUACAGCGCCGCCCACACCCACCGCCCAUGGCCACCCACGUCACCCAUCAUCCUCAUGGCCCUCCUGUGGCCCUCCCUCACCCUCUCCUAACCUUGGCCAUUGAAUCAAACUCAUGCCGCUGAUUACCCAAGAAGGACUCAGCACCGAGGAAUUCACUCUUCUCAUUGGUUAGUAUUUUCGCUUCCCACAGUCCCAGAAGGAACCAGAUCUACAUCGCUGAUUGGCCAAGAACGACCGAAAGGGGCUAUAUGCAGCCUAUUGAUUGGUUGACAUCAAACACUUGUGAAAUAUAUGGGUAGGUUAUAUCCUCUCAUGUUCUUGACCAAUAGGAAUACAGGAUUUAUAAAUGAUAUAUUCUCCUUGGUUAGCAUCAAUCUUAUGAGCCAGAUCCACGAGUCUGAUUGGUCAUAAAGAUAAAGAUGGAUGAAAUGCUACUGAUUGAUAGGGUGAAAAAUAUUAUUAAUAGAUAAUGUAAAAAAAUAUAUAUAUAAUAAAUAACAAUGAAAUAAGAAAAAAAGAGAGGAAAGGAGAUAAAUAAAUGAUUGUUUAUAUGAGUGUCGUCUGAGAUAACCCUUUGUGUGUUUAGUUUACGGAUGAGGAUUUUAAUAAAUAAGUAGGUAGCCCCUCCAUCUA